CUCACAGGGCGGGGCGGAUCCCAUCCCUCCCCCCUUCACUCUUCCUUCUGACUUCGUAUCUCCCCUCCCUUACCACCCACCCUCUUCUUGUGGCGAGGAAGAAGAGGCCAGCACCUCAUGAUCAGGUAGCCAGCCAGUCAUCUUUGCCAGUCGCAGCCACGGCCCUAGUACCCAUCCUCCUCCCUUGCCCAAUCGGUACCACUUCGGCACUGCAAAGGGCAGACUGCCACGUCAUCCCAACACCCUCCAGGAUCAAGAGCACCCAACCCGCACUCGCAGCCCUACAUGACAGUCGCAACCACCCUCACCGCCGCAAUGGCCAACAUGACCAUCCCGCUCCCGCCCACGAUCCGACCCAGCACACCUUCUGGCGCAUCUCCCUUUGCAGAGCUACCUCACGAGCUCAUGGCAGAAGUCUUUCUUCAUCUCGAUCCACAUACCCUCUACACCUCGAUCCGCUUCCUCAAUAGCAAUUGGAAGGAGACUGUUGAAUCGCACAUCAUCCCUAUGCUCUUCCUUACCGAGAAGUGGAGGGUCGCACUUAGAGUACAUCGUAGACCAAGAAAAGAUACUGUGCAGGGACCAAUGGCAGAGCCCGAGGAAGCUAGACGUAUACGUGUAGAGGCGACGCCGGGCGUAUAUGAGGAUGAGCUCAACCCGCCUAUACCAGAAGACCAGGAACCGCCCAAGAUCAAGCAACACAUUCCCCUCCAAUUCCAGCAGCUAGACCCCGUUAAUAAUCGCUUCCUCUUUUCUACCGGACGAGACUGGUAUGCCGUCUACGAGAUGACCCAGAAGUACAUUACUACCGGAGACUUGGCUUUCAGGCUCGAAGUCGAUUUUGGACUUGUGUGGAGAUUCGACGGCGAUGGACAAGAGGAUCUGGACAGUGGCAAUGGCACCUGGGGCAAGCUCGACCAAGAAAACGGCUGGUUGAGCAAGUUUUAUUGCUCGAGCUAUGACCUCCAUGAUAGGAAAAAGCCAUUCACUGAGCUUGACGCUUCUGCUCCCAGAGCCAUCCUCAAUACCACCCAGCUCGCCAGGCGGCGUCGCUUACCAGCUGGACCGCCUAUUCAGGCUGGUCUGCAAGCGCCGCUAUACUGGGACGACAAGCACGUGGAAUAUCUGCACCUCGAGCUAACGCUAGGGACAGAAUUCUUUGUACGUCGUUCCGCUCGUGCAAAUCUCCUCAUGAGAGCGCUCGAGGCGGAAGCAGCUCGUAGGGACACCUUCGAGGCGAACAUCUCCAUUGAAGACGUUGAGAGUGACACUAGUCCAGCUUCGCCGCCCUCGCUGGGCAGCAAAUCGCCUCUCCAUCGUCCUGCAGCGGUGAGAUCACCAGCGGGAGGUCUAAGUCCGAUCUCGCACCUCAAGCCUGGCACAAACGGCCAUGCCAAGUCUAGUAGAGAUGGUCUCGCGACGCCCCCUCGCAGUGCUCUGAACAGCCAGCUAAGUCCCAACAUGUCUCCAGCCGAGCAAUUACAGAUGAUGGCGAGGAGCAAAGCAGCAGCCAAGGCGGCAGCCCGUCGCCACGGCACCCCAUCUUCGCGCCCUCCCUCGAGACCAUCGUCUCGAGCGCCCUCGCAACCUAGCUCUUUGGCGCCCUCUCGCGUGACCUCCCGUGCUCCUUCAAGAGCUGCAUCGAGGGCUCCUUCUCGAGGUCCCACCCGGACCGGAUCUCCCGUGGAAGACUCGCCUACCCCAAUUUCGAUGCUCCCCUCUCCCAAUCAACCAGACGCGCCCGUCGCCUCUCCCCGCGACCUCCCCUUCUUCCGCGCAUCCGCCCUGGCCCUCUCCACCAAUUCUCCAUACACGCGUGAGGCCCUCAGCGGGUACAUCACCCCGGAUCCCAAUGCCUCUCUGGGCCUCAAUCGUCCUCGCAUACCAGCCAGCGCGGGGAUGGGACCUUUUGGUCUUCCGGCCAAUGCAUUUAGUCUGAGGGGAGGAGGAGGAGCACAGCCUGGUGGGACGCCCAUUGCCGAGUUCAAGGGUAGACUUCGCAGGGCAGGGGGAUUCGAGCCGCUCGACCUGCAGGCUAUUGCUAGGCAGGAGGCCAACGGGCACGCCGGCGGUGGUAGUCCCGGGAGUAGCGGCUCGGAGGAAGGAGAUGAGGAGCAGAAUCAAACAGAAUGCGAAGGGCCAUCCGUCUGGAGGAAAGGGCCGGAUAUUAGAGAUGCUCAGCCCAGGGAGUUUCGAGCUGCGCGACUGGUGGAGCCGGACGAGGGAAGCUAUCAGGGGGACUUGGAAACGCUCUGGGCCUGGAGCAGGUGAGGAGAGCUGUGAAUCGCUGUAUAGAACCUCUUUUCGCCCCGUAUACGGUCCCUGUCCUUUUCAGCUAGCUGUCUCUUCCAAGUCCUCAUGUACCCAUACCAGUAUCAUACGCGCCGUGCCCCAUUUCGUCUCAACAAAUCUUUCUGGUUCCUUUGGUCCUUGUCUCGCCUCCCACCAUGUCGGCCUCUAAUGUACCCUACCCUACCGUACCGUACGUAUCCUAUUGUAUCCUGCAGUGUCAUCACUUGGGUU